UAUCAUUUUUUUCUUCUUCAAACGUGUUUCUCUGUUGACUAGGGUUUUCUUCCAAUAUCUUCUUUGCUCUGAAAGGGGGAAAGCAAGAAAGAAAAUUAAGGUAGAUAAAUCCAAGAGUUUCUCAAUUUAAGACUCACAAAUUUCUAAAGCUUAACUGGAUUUUCACUUGUUUGGUUGAUAUUGUUGAUUUGAAAAUUAGAGUGAAGAUUGAGAUAUAUUUGAAUGGAGGCUACACCUCCUAAUAAUAAUUUCCCACACCAACCAUCACCAAGAAUGUUACCUCCAAGAAAGCAACCUAGAGAUUUACAGACAUCAUUAUCUCUAGAUAACAGGGGGUCUCGUGGGUCUCCUGAUUUACAACAUGUAUCAAUUUCUGAACAAGUUCGUGCAUCUCCGUCCGAGAGUGCGAGUUCGCGUGAAAAAUGGCCGAUUAAUGAUAAUGGAAAGAGGGUUGAAAAUGAGAAAGAAGGAGAGAAUGAUUGUCCUGAUCAGUCUGUUAUUCGUCGGGUUUUUAGUUCUGAUAAGUUAUCUCUUAGGGAUUUAGCUAAGGAAAGAGUUGAGAUAAUCUCAGAGAGGAUGCACGUUUUGCCAGAUGAGUUAGGGGAAGAGCUGAAGAGUGAGUUACGCGUCAUUCUUGAAGGGACUGGCGGUUCUCAGCAUAGAGAAGAGUAUAUGAUUCUACAGAAACUUGUCCAUAGUAGAGAUGAUUUGAAUGCUAUAACCUUAAUGAGGGCGCAUCGGGUACAUCUCGAGAUACUUGUUGCAAUCAAAACAGGAAUUCAGGCGUUCUUGCAUCCGAACAUUAGUCUCUCUCAAACUUCACUCAUCGAGGUUUUUGUGUACAAGAGGUGUAGAAAUAUAGCAUGCCAAAACCAGCUUCCAGCUGAUGACUGCAGUUGUGAAAUAUGUACCAAUAGAAAUGGUUUCUGCAAUCUUUGCAUGUGUACGAUAUGUAACAAAUUUGAUUUUGAGGUGAACACAUUCAGAUGGAUUGGUUGUGAUUCGUGUUCUCAUUGGACUCACACCGACUGUGCAAUCCGUGAAGGGCAAGUGACCAUGGGCACAUGUGUUAAGAGUGGUGCAAGUCCCAGUGAGAUGCUUUUCAGGUGCCGAGCUUGUAAUAGGACAUCAGAAUUGUUAGGGUGGGUUAAAGAUGUGUUCCAACACUGUGCACCUAGUUGGGACCGGGAUGCUCUGAUUAGGGAGCUUGAUGUUGUCAGUAGGAUCUUCCGUGGAAGUGAAGAUCCAAGGGGGAGAAAGUUGUUUUGGAAGUGUGAGGAACUUGGAGAAAAGAUGAAGACUGGAGUAGCAGAAGCAAUUGCAGGCAAAGUGAUGAUGUUAUUCCUCCAAGAGCUUGAGAUAGACCCCAUAAAGAACAUAGAAGUAGAAGAAGGCGGCCAUUUGAUCGCACCACAGGAAGCUUGCAAUAAGAUUGCAGAAGUAGUACGGGAGACAAUACGGAAGAUGGAAAUGGUGGCUGAGGAGAAAAUGCGGAUGUUCAAGAAAGCCCGUCUAGAUUUUGAGGCUUGUGACAAAGAACUUGAGGACAAGGUAAGGGAAGCGACAGAGAUAAAGAUGGACAAGCAAAGGAAAAAGCAGCAGAUUGACGAGCUGGAGAGCAUUGUAAGGCUUAAGAUGGCUGAAUCUGAUAUGUUCCAGCUCAAGGCCACUGAAGCAAGGGAGGAAGCUGAAAAGCUUCAGAGGAUUAUGCUUGCCAAAACUGAGAAAACGGAGGAUUAUACCAGUAGGUACCUCAAGCAACGGUUGAAUGAGGCUGAGCUUGAGAAGCAGUAUCUAUUUGAGAAGAUAAAGCUUCAGGAGAGUGCAAGAGCAUCACAAAGCAGCAGCAGAGGUAGUGAUCCGUCGCAGUUGAUUAUGAUGUCUAAGAUCCAGGACUAUCUGAAGAAUGUUUAGAAUCCCAUCUCUCUUACUACCACUACAGUUUUGUUGGCUCACAGUUGGUCUCUUAAAUAGUGGCUCAGUUGGUCCCUUCAAUUGUGAUAGUAAUACCUGUAUCUCUACUUGUUGCUAUUCGGCUUGUAAAGCGUCAAUGUAACAGACUAAUUAUUUUCAUCUUGUUGUUGUUGUUGUCCACUGACCAAGUUGUAAGCUAAUGUACCUUCUGCUUAUAACUGCACUUGUAUACGCAACACCAAACAUGCAUUAUGAAGCUUAAAUCCCAAGUUAUGGUAUCAAA